AUUUUUUGACUCAUUAAUUUUUAUUUUUAUUUUAAUUUUCCUAAUGUAUGGACCAUUUUCUCCAUUCACUACUCUCUUGGCACAUCUUUACUGGUGAACGGGCGAGUAUGAUUGUAUUCAUAUAAUUGCACUGUCGCCAUUUUCAUCAUAAAGCUCGCACCUUUCAAUUCUUCAAACCUCGAAAACCUAAUCCCCAAAUUUUGAACGCAAUCGACACAAUCUCCGGCAUGGCGACGAACCCGUCUGAGGGCUAUGCCGCCGACUUCUUCGAGCAAAUCCUGUUGAUGUCUCCCUACGCCGGGCUUACCGGAACCGCCGCCGGUAGUUCGUCGGAGACACCGUCGUUGAAUUCUAGUGCUUCGCAGCUCUACCAGCCGCCUCCCAUGUUUCCGUUGGGCCUCAGCCUGGAUAACUCUCGCGCCGCCGUUGGCGACGCCGCAGCUUUUCCCGCGAAGCCUCAGGAUGCAGUAGCUGUGAAUAGUAUGACCAAUUUGUAUCCUGGUUUUGAUCAAUCACAGAAUCCUGCUACCCACCACCCUGUUCCUCAGGCUUUUCAAGGUCAUCCUACGUCUGGCCCAGAAGUUUCUGCGCCACCAAACCCGCCUCCCAUUAGGCCAAGGGCGCGGGCACGAAGGGGGCAAGCAACAGAUCCGCAUAGUAUUGCUGAAAGGCUGCGUAGAGAAAGAAUAUCAGAGAGGAUCAAGGCAUUGCAAGAAAUCGUUCCCAGCUGCACCAAGACAGAUAGAGCUGCCAUGCUUGAUGAGAUACUGGAUUACGUGAAGUUCCUAAGGCUUCAGGUCAAGGUUCUGAGCAUGAGUAGGCUUGGUGUGGCUGGUGCGGCAGCACAGCUCGUUGCUGACCUUCCCCUGCUGCCCGUCGAGGGUGAGAGUUGUGAAAAUGAAGCAAAUCAUCCGGUAUGGGAGAAGUGGGCGAGCGAGGAAACAGAGUGCGAGGUAGCUAAACUUAUGGAAGAUGAUGUGGGAGCUGCUAUGCAAUUCCUCCAAUCCAAAUCACUCUGCAUCAUGCCUAUUUCACUUGCAUCACUAAUCUACCCCACUACUGCACCCGAUGUCAAAGCCGAGCCCUCAUGAACCUUCUAGAAAACUUUAUGCACGUGCCUUUCACAACUCCCACACUUGGCUUGAUGUAGCUGAGGAGCGAAAAUUUGGAUAGGUGCUCCCAAACUCAUGAUAUUUGUUGUAUGUAAAUCUAAUAUUAGAUGUUGCUACAUAUGGUCAUAAUCUUGCCUCAUCUUCUGCCCCUUUUGUUGCUGAUUAUAUCGCUCAAAUUCACCUUUUGCAAUGUCAACUUUCUAUCUGUAUUAUGUUUAUGUAUGAUGUGAUCAACAAGGCAUUCAACUCUUC